CGUUGUGUACAUCGGGAGGGCGGGACCUGUGGGGCUGUAUCCAUGGGCGGGACUCAAAGACCCGAAUCCACAGUUACUGCAAAACCUUCGAUCAGCAGCUUUGGACCGCUUAACAACUUUUAAAAAGGGGAAGUAAAGUAAUGGCAGAUAUCGUGACCAUGGCAGAUGAUGCGGCAUUUGUGGAGGAAGGCAUCGGCCCGGCUCAGAGCCCUUUGGUCGCAGUCAGCUUCCAGAGAAACGUCCACAGGAAAGAGAAGUACCUGGAGGCUGAACCCAAAGCUCUGGGGGUACCGCGUGUGUCCGUCUGCGUGUCUCUUUCAAACUAUACGUUCCGUGAGCUCUGGCUGCUCAAUGUGAACUCUCCUGUCUGCUGCCCCCAGAUCACCCAGAUUGGCCUGAGCGUGUUUCAGAACAGCUGCGUGGCCGUGCUUCUGUCCAAAGGCCUGAGUCAUGGGCCCAUUGGCAUUCCUUUCUUCAUUUCAUCUCUUACGCUGAUAAUAGCUGGGAGUUUGGCCGUAGCAGCACAGAAUCUCCAUCUGCCGACGCUGAGAGCCUGUUUAGGAUGGCAGAUUGUGGCUUGUGGCGCGUCCGUCUUCAACUUGAUCUGUUGUUUUUUAAAAAUGGAUUUUGGAAGCAGUUUCUGCUGGUACUUUCUCUAUGACUCUGACUUCUCUACGGUUGAAGAAACCUGCAAGAAAAUUGAGGGCGCCACUUCCCAUUUCUCUGCUGAGAUUAUAGUCCUUGAGGUUGCUUUGUUCGCCAUCUCUGCCACUCUGGCCGCCUACUGCUGCAAGGUGGUCAAUUGCUGCUCACCAGCUCCCAAAAUGCCGGUGAUCACUGUGCAUGCGCCCCCCCCUGUCCAACAGUGAGGAGACCAAGUGGACACAGGACUGGCAGGAUACCGUUUUUCAGCAUAACAAAUGCAACACAAAUUUAAAGUUGCUCUAAUCAAUAUUUUUUAUAUUAUCAAUGGAUGAAAUGGCAAUGUGUGAUGCGAAAGAGGUUUUGGUGGUGACAGAACAGACACAGCUGGAGACUUGGUGGGGAACACAGUGGAGCAUUUAGCUGUGAAAGAGACAGAUAUUGUUCUCAGGAGUUGGUGGAGACCAAACCAGACGCAAAAGAGACUUGGACUCUCAGCAGAUGGAACAGCACGCAACUUAAUGCUGAAGCUGCUCCAAUCUGCUGGAAGUGUAAACAAUACACAGUGUUUCUGACAUAAUAUUCCUAGCAACGUUAUGGUAUUUAUGUGUCUACGUUGUAUUAACAGUUUUUUUCACUCCACUCAAGUGGUUUAAAAACCACGUUGUGUUGGGUUUAAUGAUCUGAUGGGCAGCUUAAGAAUCUCAAUAUUUCUAGUCAAAUUUGAUUGAUUAAAUUCACAUUUUGCAUGCAAAGAUUUCUUUUCUAUACGUACUCCUUCUCUAAUUUUGACUUUGAUCAUAAGGAAAUAGCUACGUGUGUAAAGAGGGCUGUGGAAAUGAGUCUUAAAUCCCAGAAAUACGUCUGCAUUUGGGGUUUUUUGGUUCCCUCGCCACAGUCAAUGGGUUUUGGAUUACCUGAAAUCAUUUCUGUGGGUAACGUAAACUUUUGUGUCGAUAACCCACUAGAGCAUUUUUUUGUAAGAAUAGAAAAAAAACCCAUUGGCUUUUUGAGGAGGGAACCAGAGAUGUUAAUUGUUGGUCGUGUUGGCACAACAAAAGACAACACGUAAAAUCACCAACAUGAACAUAUUAGGGCGGCACGGUGGCGUGGUGGUUAGCACUGUUGCCUCACAGCAAGAAGGUCCUGGGUUCCACUCCGCCCAGUGGCCUUUCUGCGUGGAGUCUGCAUGUUCUCCACGUGUCUGCGUGGGUUCUCCGGCUUUCUGCCACAGUCCAAAGACAUGCUCUGGGGAUCAGGUUGAUUGGGGACUCCAAAUUGCCUGUAGAUGUGUGAGUGUGAAUGGUUGUAUGUAUCAGUCCUGUGAUUGGCAUACAUACAAGGAAUUUGACUUGGCGGUUGGUAGACAGUGUCACGCAGGUAAUAGACAACAAGUAAUACUAGUAAAAAUAAAUAAAAUAAAAGUCUAAUGAACAUACUUACUUUUCUGAAGAUGCCUUUGUUCAUAUUGUUGUUACUUGAUGACGAGUACUAAAUAUAUAAUGCUUUGCUGAUUGUAAUUGCAACUCAAAUUCAUGAAAAAUAAAAACUAUAUUACUAUAUUGA